AUGAAUAGACCGCCGCAGGGCCGUGGUCAGCCACAGCUGGGUGCGACUUGGUAUCCAGGGGGCCAGGAUGACUUCUACAUGCCAGAGGUCAUCUCCCCCUCCCCCCAAAGGGUGAUGCCUGAAGUCCCCGAAAACAUGCAGGACAACAUUGCGCAGAUGGAACAUCACGCCCGCGACCCUCGCCGCGCCCAGCAGCCUCCAGCGCAGUAUCGCCAGCAGCAACCGCCGCAACAACAGCAGUUCCCCGAGCGAACCUCUAGCGCCGUCCAGAGCCAGCCGCAACAAGCCCAGGCCUAUGAUCACGGUGCCUACGCGCAGUCCGCAACCUACGACAGUAUGGAUCACCCAAACUUCUCUCCUUUCCCCAUCCUGCGGAGUCCGCCGCCGAAUGUCCCUCCUACCGAUGAGCAGCGCGAAGCCAAACUGGAACACCACCGCAUGGGCGUUCUGUCGACCACCGACCCGGAGAUGCAAUUGUCCUGGGCCCAGGAUGCUUUGGCCUUCGUCGAAGUGGCCGCGCAGAACGAAGCUCGUCUGGCGUUGACGCAGCCUCCGCGCCCUCACACACCGCAGAUCGAGCAGCAGUUGAAGACCGAUGCGCUGAAUAUCGUCAGCUUCUUGGCCGAGCAGCAUCACCCUAAAGCCGAGUUCAUCAAGGGUAUGUGGUUGGAAUUCGGCAAGUUUGGCUAUCGGGUGGACCGAAAAGAAGCUUUCCGAUGCUAUUCCAGAGCAGCGGAUAAAGGAUAUGCGCGCGCAGAGUACCGAAUUGGAAUGCAGUUUGAGAGCUCGGGAGAACCGGAGAAGGCAAUCAAACAUUACGAACGGGGUGUCGCCAGGGCGGAUUCCGCUUCAUACUACCGCCUGGGAAUGAUGAUCCUUCUUGGACAACAUGGCCAGCGCCAGGACUUCCAGAGAGGCUUGGAGUACAUCCGGCUCGCGGCGCAAUCCUGUGACCAGAAUGCGCCGCAGGGUGCCUAUGUAUAUGGCAUGCUCCUCGCUCGGGAGCUUCCCCAAGUCAGCGUUCCCGAGCCCUUCUUGGCUCUCGACCUCAACGUGGCCCGCGUCAACAUCGAGAAGGCUGCAUACCAUGGAUUCGCCAAGGCUCAAGUGAAGAUGGGUGCUGCGUAUGAACUCUGCCAACUUGGCUGCGAUUUCAAUCCCGCGCUGUCCCUGCACUACAAUGCGCUUGCGGCGCGCCAGGGUGAGCCCGAAGCCGAGAUGGCCAUCAGUAAAUGGUUCCUCUGUGGACACGAGGGUGUUUUCGAGAAGAAUGAUGAGCUCGCAUUCACCUAUGCCCAGCGCGCAGCUCAGAGCGGUCUCCCCACGGCGGAGUUCGCCUUGGGCUACUUCUAUGAAGUCGGCAUCUUCGUCCCGGUCGACAUCAAAGAGGCCCGCAGCUGGUACGCCAAAGCCGCCGCCAGCGGUAACAAAGACGCGUCCGGUCGAAUCGACAGUAUCUCGCGUUCUAAGACUCUGUCCCGAAGGGACCAUGAGAAGGUUGCGAUUUCUCGCAUCAAGUCGACCCGUUAUGUCGCUCAUCAGCGUGGCGGUUCUUUGGAGUCCACACCGGAAAACAUACAGAUGCCUGAUCCUUCGCGGAUGACUCUGAACGACCAACCCUCGUCCGCUGCCCCAUAUCCCGAUCGUCCUGGUUCUUCUCGUCCUCGUCCACCGGGACAGCCAAGUUACCAGAUGCCCGAUCCUCGACCAAGCUCGGCAUUUGGUGUCAAUCCGAACCUUCGUCAGAAUGGUCCUCCGGGUUACGGUGGCCCUCAAGGCCCGCCUGGCCCUCGGACUCCGACCUAUGGUCAACCGCCGAUGAACUAUCGCCAGCCUAGCUCGGGUGCAGGUACACCGCUCGGUGCGCCUGCAGGGCCGACCAGCCCCAACGGGACACCCCGAGUGGACGUCGGUUUCUCUGCGCCGGCUCCACGACCGGGUGACCGACAACGUCCAACACGGCUCGACGCGGUCCCUCCUCCAGACCGAAGGCCCGCACGAACCCCUGUCUCUGCCCACGGAGGAUCUUUGCCAUCUCCCCGGCCACUGGGUUCUCCUUCAUCUGCCAACUUUCCUCCACGCACAGAGUCUCGCCAGCCAUCUAGGGGCUCGGCUUCCUCCACCCCCCAGCCGCAUUCCGGACCACCAUCCACGACCUCCUCGAAAUACUCUCAACCCUCCCAGCCAUCCAAGCCAAGUGGCCAACUGCCGGGCAAGGGUCCCAAGACCUUCGAAGAAAUGGGGGUUCCAAGCGCCAAAAACGAUAGCGAUUGCAUCGUGAUGUGA